UGUGUAGGAGAGGCACAAAGGGAACGAUGCCACGGAGAGGAUUUAUGAAAAGGACCAAAAGCACGUCUUGGGAAGGGACAGGCCGGGAGACCCAGGGAGGCAGGCCCAGGGCCACCUCCCGUCUUCCUGUCCCACCUGCAGCCAACACAGCCUUUUUCGAGUCCCUCUGCGCACUGACCACCCUCCUCUGCUUUCAGUUCUGGGAGGUGAUUGGUGAGGAGCACGGCAUCGACGCGGUGGGGAGCUAUGGCGGGGACUGCGCCCUGCAGCUGGAGAGGAUCAGCGUGUAUUACAACGAGGCCCACGAUAAGAAAUAUGUGCCCCGAGCCGUCUUGGUGGACCUGGAACCUGGGACGAUGGACAGCAUCCGAUCUAGCAAAUUGGGAAGCCUCUUUCAACCGGACAGUUUUGUCCACGGUAACUCUGGGGCUGGCAACAACUGGGCCAAGGGCCACUACACGGAGGGAGCGGAGCUGCUGGACAGCGUCCUGGACGUGGUGCGGGGCGAGAGCGAGGCCUGCGACUGCCUGCAGGGCUUCCAGAUCGUGCACUCGCUGGGCGGGGGCACCGGCUCAGGCAUGGGCACGCUGCUCAUGAACAAGAUCCGGGAGGAGUACCCCGACCGCAUCCUCAACUCCUUCAGCGUCAUGCCCUCGCCCAAGGUGUCGGACACGGUGGUGGAGCCCUACAACGCCGUGCUGUCCAUCCACCAGCUGAUUGAGAACGCCGACGCCUGCUUCUGCAUCGACAAUGAGGCCCUCUACGACAUCUGCUUCCGCACCCUGAAGCUGACCACGCCCACCUACGGAGACCUCAACCACCUGGUGUCCUUGACCAUGAGUGGCAUCACCACCUCCCUCCGGUUCCCGGGCCAGCUCAAUGCCGACCUGCGCAAGCUGGCCGUGAACAUGGUCCCCUUCCCCCGCCUGCACUUCUUCAUUCCCGGCUUCGCCCCACUCACGGCGCAGGGCAGCCAGCAGUACCGGGCCCUCUCGGUGGCCGAGCUCACCCAGCAGAUGUUUGAUGCUCGCAACACCAUGGCUGCCUGUGACCCCCGGCACGGCCGCUACUUGACGGUGGCCUGCAUCUUCCGAGGGAAGAUGUCCACCAAGGAAGUGGACGAGCAGAUGCUCACCGUGCAGACCCGGAGCAGCAGCUGCUUCGUGGACUGGAUCCCCAACAACGUCAAAGUGGCCGUCUGCGACAUCCCGCCCCCGGGGCUGAGCAUGGCUGCCACCUUCAUCGGCAACAGCACGGCCAUCCAGGAGUUGUUCACCAGGAUGUCCGAGCACUUCGCGGCCAUGUUCAGGAGGAAGGCUUUCGUGCACUGGUACACUGGCGAGGGCAUGGACAUCGACGAGUUUGUGGAGGCCGAGAGCAACAUCCAUGACCUGGUGUCCGAGUACCAGCAGAUUCAAGACGCCAAAGCAGGUCUGGAGGAAGAUGACGAGGUGGUGGGGGAGGCAGAAAUGGAAGCAGAGGAUAAGGAGGGUUAACCAAGAGAGGCGGGCACGGGAGCGGCUCUCCACACGAGUGCUCUGGGCAGCAAUCCCAAGGCUGCUCUGCUGGGCAGCACGGAGGACCACUGCACACAGCCACUCAGCGCU